UCAAUUGGGCAUUUAUUUUACAUUUUUGAAACAUUUCUAUAUAUAGUAAAGUAAUAGAGAGUGUAUAUAUUUAUUCAAAUAAAUAAUCUUAGACAGUUUACAGAGCUAAAUAAUCAGCAACAAUGAGGAAAUUAAUUUUCAUAGCAGUUCUAAUGGUAGUGGUAAUUGCAAAUUUUGCAAGUAUAGAAGGUACUACUGAAGUAGCUACAGGUACUACUGUUGUUCUUAUUGAGUCUAACCCUAAGGAAGAUGGAGAUAAAUCAGCUAUGGUACAAGAGGAAAACAUUGAUGGUGGUUUCUCUUCAUUAGAUGGAAUGUUACAAUGGGCUAUAGGGCAUUCAGAUCCUGGAGUACUAAAGGAAAGAUCAGAAAUGGCCCAACGCUUGUCUCCAGAGGAGCUAAACAAUCGCCAGACUGAACUAAAGGAACUGAUGGAGAAGCUAAAAAUGCCCUCAGAUGCACAGUUGAUGCUGAUUGCGGUUAAUGAUUUAGAUAAUUCAUCGCUGCCCCUUGAGCAUCAUCUUCGUGCCUUAGAGGAGCUGUUGGUACUUGUUGAGCAUAUUGAUAAUGCAAUUGAUCUGCAGAAACUUGGAGGCUUCAGUGUACUUAUAAGAAAACUUAAUGAUUCUGAACCAGAAAUAAGGACUGCUGCUGCAUGGGUUCUUGGCAAAGCCAGUCAAAAUAACCCCAUUGUUCAGAAGCAGGUCCUGGAACUUGGAGCAUUGACAACGCUAAUGAAGAUGAUGAAAUCUCACACCACUGAAGAAGCAGUAAAAGCUUUAUUUGCUAUUUCAGCACUAAUCAGAAAUAAUUUGAAUGGCCAAGAUUUGUUUUAUCAGGAAGCUGGAGAUACGAUGCUUCAGGGUGUUCUUAGUUUAAAUCAGGAUAUCAGGUUACAUAAGAAGUCACUGUUUCUUAUUGCUGAUUUGGCCGAGAGUCAGCUGGAGAAUGAGAACACAGCUGGAAUUUCCUUUUUUAGCAAUCAAUUGUUACUGAAGGCCAUGGUUGAUUCAAUGGCAUCGAGCGAUCUUGAUCUCCAGGAAAAGGCCCUUUAUGCAAUUAAAAACAUACUACUACUUAGAUCGACGGAAGUUCUACUCUUCAAAGACUUCUGUAAAUUGAACGAGGCACUUGAGAGGACAAGGAAAGAGUUGCAGCAGUUUAUGGUUGACGAAGAUCUUAGAGAAUACGCAACGGAUGUGGAAAGUCUUCGCAAAGAAGUUGAGCUGACCUUCCUUCAAAAGCUGGAUAAGGUUACACUAGCUGCAAUAUGAUGAUGGGUUAUCGUGGCAGUUUCUGGUUUGAUCCGGUUUUUGAACUUUAUGCUGCUUGUAUUCUGCUCUCUGGGGUAGGGGCGGAUGUAGCCAAGUGGAUCGAUAUCUUCAUGACACGCCAUUGGUUCAUCUGGACAUGGACUUGAAUUUGGUACAUCGUCUGCUUAGGACCAUAUAGGACUAACUGUUGGAUGCAUAGGUCUGAUUUGUUUAAUGGCAUUGUAUUGAAUUUAAGUGUUACAAAAGCAGUUUUGGCAGACCGUGAAGUGCGAAAAGAGUGACAGUAAAAGUUUUGCAGUGGAUUGUUAUUAAUUAACAAGAGUUUCUGAUUGCUAUGAGCAAAUAUUACCGAUGAUCAGUUUCGUCUUGUCCUUGUAGUUUGGUGCUAGACAAUGUAUUUCGUAUUUGAAUGAAAUGAAUCUGAAUAGAGCAGAAUGAAUAUGGAUGAUUUAUAUGGUCUCCCAAA